UUGAGCACUUUGAAGUGGAGGAUGCAAACUGUUACUCCAUUCUCGUUCAUAGAUUACUUUCUUCAAAGGAUCAGUGAAGGCAAACUGCUGCCAAGAUCCACAAUUUGUCGAUGCAUCGAACUCAUCUUAAGCACAGUUAAAGGGAUUGAAUUCUUGGAAUUCAGGCCCUCUGAGAUUGCUUUAGCAGUAGCAAUAUCUGUAUCAGGAGAAUCCCAAACGGUGGAUUUGGACAAGGCCAUUUCCUAUAGCAUGCAUGUAGAAAAGGAGAGAGUAUUGAAGUGUUUUGAACUAAUUUAAGAGAUAGCAUUGAUCAGUAAGCCUGUUAAAUGUGUAAGUAGGCCAGUCUCAUCAGUGCCACAAAGCCCCAUUGGGGUGUUGGAUACUGCAUGCUUGAGCUAUAAAAGUGAUGAAAUUACAGUUGGGUCAUGUGCAAAUUCUCACACCAGCCCAGCCUCUAAGAGGAGGAAGCUAAAUAGAUCAUCUAAGGUGGACAUGU